AAAUAACUCGUGUUAUAAUAGACGUUAUUCGCAGCUGGACAUCACCACUUCAUCAGUAAUUUGGGGCGGUCGACUUUCUUCUCUCUCCGUGGCUUUGACAUGGCGAUUGAGGACUAUGAAGGUUAUGUGGACCAGGAUGAUGAUGUCGUUCAGUCGGAUGGGUCCAUUGAUCCCGCGUGGGAACAGCAGCAGAAAAAAACAUUUACUGCCUGGUGUAACGCGCAUCUACGGAAAGUUAAUGAGUCCAUCGAGUCCAUCGAAAAUGAUUUCAGAAAUGGCCUCAAAUUGAUGAGGCUUUUGGAAGUCAUUUCCGGUGAAACGCUUCCCAAGCCUGAUAAAGGAAAAAUGAAGUUUCAUAAAAUCACAAAUGUCAACAAAGCUCUCGAUUUCAUUGAAAGCAAAGGAGUCAAACUAGUAUCUAUUGGUGCUGAAGAGAUCGUCGCUGGGAACGUCAAAAUGACUCUGGGGAUGAUCUGGACCAUUAUUCUACGAUUUGCUAUUCAAGACAUUCAAAUCGAAGAUUCUUCUGCGAAAGAAGGUCUACUUCUUUGGUGCCAACGACAAACGGCCCCAUACAAAAAUGUCAAAGUUGAUAACUUUCACACUAGUUUCAAGGACGGACUUGCUUUCUGCGCUAUUAUCCAUAGAAAUCGUCCUGAAUUAGUAGAGUACGGAAAUUUAGAACGGAAAAACGCUUUAUACAACCUGAAAUAUGCUUUCGAGGUGGCGGAGCGGCAUUUAGAUAUACCGCGCAUGCUUGAUCCUGAAGAUAUGGUUAAUAGCGCCAAGCCAGAUGAGCGUUCCGUAAUGGCUUAUGUGUCUAUGUACUACCACAAAUUUUCUGGAGCAAAUAAGGCCACGAUGGCUGCAAAUCGCAUAUCGAACAUUUUGAAGGUGAACCGUGAAAAUGAUCAUCUAAUUGCCGAAUACGAAACACUGUCAAGCAAUUUAUUACGCUGGAUCUUGCUCAAACUGAAAUACUUUUCAUCGCGGGAGCCUCUGCAUACGGUUUCUGAAGUGGAACGUCUUCAGGCUGAAUCUAGAGUGUAUCGUCGCCAGGAGAAACCCUCCAAAUUACAAGAGAAAGCCCGCUUAGAGACGACGUACAACACACUCCAAACGCGUUUGCGCCUCAGCAAAAGGCCACCAUAUGUCCCAGCGGUUGAGAACUAUCUUUCCUCGAUUUCUGGACAAUGGGAUCAACUGGAGAAAGCGGACAAGACAUACGAGGAAUGGCUGUUGGAGGAACUCCAGCGCCUGCGUCGACUUGAAUACCUAAUAGAGAAAUUCGAAAUCCGCUGUUCCACACACGAGGCAUGGGCCAAGGGAAAGCCACAAAGUUUGGCUUCCACAGACUAUCUCAGCUGUCAUCUGCCUGAUUUGCGUGCUUUGAUGAAGCGACACGAGGCAUUCCAAUCGGAGCUGUUGGCCAACGAUGACCGUGUGGAACGUAUCCAUGCUCUUGUCGAGGAGCUGGGGAACCUGCGGUAUCACAACAUGAAAUCUGUCAACGAGCGGUAUUCCUACAUUUUCCGUGCGACAGAGGAGAUCAAGCACUUAUCAGAUGUCCGCGAAAAGGAACUGGCCAGGUUAUUGCCUGUACUGGAACAGAUAGAUCAGCUUCAUCUGGACUUCGCCAAACAAGCCGCGCCUUUCAAAAAUUGGAUGGAACAAACAGAGGAGGACCUUCGGGACACGCCGAUUGUUCACACAAUGGCAGAAGUUCAGCGUUACCUUUCCGCGCAUGAAGCUUUCGAAGCCACACUGGAAGGCACCGAACAAGAGUGCGUCGCCAUUGAGGGCUGCGCAAAUCAGGUCAAACAACUGGCUAGCAAAAAUAAACUGGCUGCCGCAGCUGACAAUCCUUACACCAACAUCGAUCCGGAGGAACUCCCGGUGCGUUGGAAAUUAAUCAAAGAGCUAGCAAAAAAUCGUAACGAGUCUUUGCGUCAGGAGGAGGAGUGCCAGCUUAACAACGACAAGUUACGGAAGCAGUUUGCAGAAAAAGCAACCGACUUUGACAAGUGGCUGCAACAAAAGAAAUCUGAAGUAAAUCGCAACGCUCUCGAAGGUCGUGGUACUCUCGAGGAGCAACGAGACCAAUUAAGGAAGCUGGAAUCUGAAUUGUCCACCCACCAACGUGUAUUAGAUGCACUCGAACAAUGCAGCCAGGCCCUGGAGGACGCUUAUGUAUUCGAUAAUCCAUACACAACUCUCUCAAUGCCUACCCUACGUGUGGCAUGGGAUCAGUUGUUUACGUCGUUGCAUCACUCGGUCAAUUUGAUUGAGAACCAAAUCCUCACUCGCGAUUCCAAGGGCCUUACUGCCGACCAGAUGACUGACUUACGCACCUGUUUCCGACACUUUGACCGAAACGAUACUGGACGUUUGGAACCCCACGAAUUCCGAGCCUGUUUGGUAUCACUGGGCCACAGUUUCGGUGAUGACAGAAGUGGUGAUUCGGAUUUCUCACGGGUGAUGCAACAAGUCGAUCCGGGCCGCAAAGGGUUCGUCACCUUUGACGCGUUUUUGAACUUUAUGACUCGUGAGAACGCAGACGAGGAUACAGCGGAGCAGAUUAUCCAAUCAUUCAAGGUGGUUGCAGGGGAUAAGGGUUACAUCACUGCGGACGACGUUCGUCGCUUCUUGCCCGAGGAGGAUGCUGAAUAUUGCCUCAAACAGAUGCUUCGCAUAAAUGGCCCGAUGGGAGAUUCCGGUGCUUUAAACUACGAGCAAUUUGCGUCAGAAAUCUAUGGAUCACGUCCACCGCCACUUUAACACCUAUCGCGCAUAAACUGAACCGAACUGUCAGAUGUUAACACACUCGACCAUCUCGGUGUCGUGCCUUUCGUAUCCGCCCAGUGAAAAGCUACAUUGGUCGACCAUCAUUCAUCAUCUCUUUUACACCACGCUUUCUCAUGUUUUUAUCGCCUUACACAAACCAAAGUACCACGCAGAGCGCGUGCGUAAUGGAAAAUGACCCUCGUGUACUCUACAUUUCCGUCUCCUUUCGGUAUUGUUGAGAGUAUCUCUUUUUCCUUCUCACUUUCUUGUCAUACGUCCCUCGCUGCUCCUUCAUUCUGUUCAUUUACUCAGUUAUACCAGCUCCUGUCAGUUUUCCUCUCUCUCUCUUUCUGUGAGCUCUUUCGCACAGGAGCACACCCCGGUCUUGACCGUUCCAUAUAAAUCAGAGACCUCUCUUUAGCUAUCACUUCUACCACCUGUGCAGACCAGCGUACAAGCGCGUGUGCUCGUGAUCUCUUUCAACGACACUCCUUGGUGAUACUUGUGAAGUGACCGUCACCGUUCCUUUUCCUACUGGUCGACUGCAGAACCGCGUUUGGCUCUAGUUUCCUUCUUCCAAAUGGAGUCAUUUUGCUGAAGUCUGUCUAUGGACAUAGCUGUUCAUUCUGGCCCCGCGUAGCCAGUUCGAUGAACUUCAUGUCGAAGUGAAACUCACCCGGUUAGCUUUAUCGCUUCCAAAAACCAUAAUCCACCGUACCUAGGCGAUACAAAGUAUUAUGAGGGUGGUACUUCUCUGCCCCUUUGUAUUCUCUGGAAGACUUGUUGAGCUCCUCCCAAGUAGUCUAGUUUUUGGUCUUGGCUACGCUGCUAAUAUCGUCUUGCUAGAUGACGGUCCACUUGCAUUUCACUGCUUGACGAUUGAAGCGUAAAGUAUGGGCUUGCUUUUUCCCCAUCCAAGUGCAAAGCUCCUAGUGGUGAGACAGUGAAGGCUUUGGAGCAUUUUGUAUGCCUAGGAAACUGUAUCACUGUUAGUGGAUCUGUUAGAUAUUUCUUCUCGUACCUCGCUUUCUCCAGGCUGAGGCACUUAUGGCGUCACCAUGACAUUCAUCUAUCUAUCAAAAGGCCGGUUUAUUUCGCGACUGUCCGAGCUAUACUGUUGUACGCUUGCGAAGCACGGCCUAUUCGUACCGUCGACCUGCGUCGGUUGUCUGUCUUCGAGGAUUGUUGCUUUUAGUCCAUUACCCGUAUGUAGUGGUUGCAUCACGUAACGGAUGUUUAAGUUAGCGUGUCUAGGUAGAUGCACCCACUCGCUCUAGGAGCUCGUUUAGCUGUGGUGGCUUGGACACCUAUUACGUAUGCCUGUUCAUCGUCUUCCGCGUCGAGCGUUGUUCGAAAUCGCUGAACAGGGCCGGAGGAGACAACGCGAUGGACAGCCUACGACUUGGAGAAGCGGCAUGGAAAAGCUAACGAAACAAUUGGCAUCGGUCGGCUGUUCUCGACCUCUUAGUUGGGACUUCAGUGAUACGGAGUGUCGCUCGUUGGCGACCCUGGAAUUCAUGGCCCGAACCCGUUGUCAAUGGUGAACAUGUAUCUCUACAUGUUCCGGUGAUUUCCCUUCCUUAAUACAACGAACAGUUAGGAAGAACAACUGGAAUACUGUGAGUGGAAAACUGGACAAGUUUUCCCUUUUUUUCUCCCAUCAUUUAUUCCGAUUCCGAUGGCAAAAUGUCUGCCAUCAUCAAUACACGUUAGCCGAUGGUGAGAAACACCUCAGUUAAUGUGCCGCAGGGC